AUGUUGCAUUUUACACACAUCAGUUCUCGUAACCCUGAUGCUGGUGCGACUCCUUCCACUGCCGCGCAUGAAGAAGAGGAGGCUGAAGAAGAGGAGGCUGCUGAACAGUUGAUCAGCAGAAAAAGAGUUAGAAGCGAGACCACCACUGGUGUGGCUUCCGCAUCGGUGGUUGGUGCGAUUCCCUUGGUUGGGAAAACGAGCAACCUGCGCUCUCUCUAUAGAUUUUCUCCUGAAAUCAAGAAGAAGACCCCUGAGAAGGGGGUUACAUUCACUGAGCCAGAGCUGAAGAGGCCGAAGAUUACCAUUAAAUCUUCCCAGACUGCUAAGGAUAAAAAUCUGGGGAGCGUCGGAAGAAAGCUGAGGAAGAGGAAGGCUGAGGAAGAUAGGAAGUCUGAAGAAGCAGAGAGGAAAAAGGCUGAGGAAGAGAGGCGGGCUGCAGAGGCGAAGAGGAAGAAAGCCUCUGAUGUGGAGAAGGAGAGAGAGCAGAAGAAGGCUAUGGAAAAGCCUAUCACUGAUCCGCAGUUGGAGAUCACUAAGGGUCUUGAGAGGAGGAAAGAGCCUGAGGUUCUGAAGCCUACCCACCCCGCGCACACUGAGCCUAUUGAUCGAUCAAAGAUAAUUUCUACCAAGGGGUCGGGUCGGUAUGUUUCCAGCGAUGCAAGCUCUGGUGGGGCUGGGGGCUAUAACCCACAAGUCAUUAGGGCGAAGGAUACCCUUGGUGAUAUCUAUUACAAAAGCUAUACCGAGAAAGAACGUGGUAGCGCUCCUCACCAAGCUCCCUGGGGUUUGAAGCAAAGGGACACUUUUCAAAAAUUUGGGCCCUGCCGCGAUUGGUUCUUAAACUCUUUUACUCCUGGUGAGGUUAACCGGCAGAGGGCGAAGACCCAUGAGAGCUUGUAUCGAACGUAUGUGAUCGGGGAGGCCAAUACUCGCGCCGCUAAUCAUCAAAUUGUUCGUGAGUGGCGAACGAUGGUUAGGGAGCGUGCGGAUUGGGAGAGUUAUCGCAAGCGGAUGCUGAAGCGUAUCAACGAUUUUGAGAAGUCAAAAGCCACUUUUGAUGAGGAGAAGGCCAAGUUUGAUGCAGACAAGAAGGCAGAGGAAUGGGGACGUGAGGGCCUGAAAAAUAAACUUCAAGCUGCUGAACAGCAACUGGCCAAGGAGAAGGCCGAGUUUAAGCGCAUAUGCGAGAAAGAUAAUGAGCGCGCGUUCGCAGCUCGGAACAAGAUUGCUGAGCUUGAAGCUAAGAUUGUUGAGCUUACUGCGAAGGUUGAGUUGGCUGAUGUGAAGGUGCAAUUGUCCAGCAAGGAUAAGGAUCUACAGGCCAAGGAUGUCGAAAUCGCUGAGCUGAAACGUCGCCUGAAUGAUCAGAUUGAUAGAUGCGAGUCCUUGGAGAUCGACCUCGAAGCGGAAAAAGUUAAGGCUGCCACUGCUGAAGAGGCGCGCACUGUUAGUGCCGCCGCCCUUAAUGUAGCGCAGACUAACUACUCUGAGGCGCAAGGCAUCGUUGAUACACUUGUCUCUGAGGCCGAGUGGAUGCGCAGUCGCGGAGUAGUGCUGGUUGCCAACUCUAUCCUCAACGCUGGCAAGCUGGAUCACGUUGUCGCUCAGUCAGCGUGCGCAGUGGGUCAACGAGGGGGCUAUCUGGAAUGUGCCCAACACGUUGAGGAGAUGUUUGGACAAGAGUUUGAUGUGAGCCAUUGCUCGGUGACCGACCAGGCUAACGUCGAGUUGACGCGUGCUGAGAGUGCUUAUGAUAACCUUACAUUGCCUGUAAUGGACUUGGUUGUGGAGGCUCUAAAGAAAGACGACUGGUGUCAGCGUCUCAAGGCCAUUCUCGAUCCACCGGUGACUGUUGAGUUAUCAGAUGAGGAGGAACCAGCUGGCGAUGACGGUAGAGAUGGUGAUGAUGACGGUGGAAACGAUGAUGACGGUGAUGAUGAUGGUGAUCAACGUGAUAACCUCGAAUAG